AUGGACUCUUCCAGCCGCGAGCGAAAACGGGCGCACGACCGUCAAGCGCAACGGGCCAACAGAGCACGGACACGGGCUUAUAUCUCCCAGCUUGAAAGCACCAUUGCAGAGCUCAGCCAUGUCUCAGGGGCAGAGCGCCCAACAGUAUGGCAAGCGCAGUUGACGAAACAACAAGAUGAAAUCCAGCAGCUAAAGAAAACAUUGAGCAAAAUUACAAAGUUGGCUCAAGGAGUCGAUGGUUGGCGAUCCCUUUCUGUUUUCUCCCAGCACAUCUCCUACGACGCUCAAGAAGCACAAGCCGAUAAUCAGAACCCAGAAAUUACCAGCCAGGGGAUAGAUUUAGACAUCUUGCUCAGCCAUACCUCGUGCGCCGGAAGCUCAUUUCACGAAGGAUGCUCAAUGUCCGGUGCCUAUCCGUCUAGCAAUGUCGAUGGUGCAGGGCCAAUUUUGCAUGAACUGGGAAAUAAAAACUUCUUUAUGAUGCUGAAUGAUGCCAUUCUUCGGCUGAAGGUGUCUUCUGGCGACGCGUCUUUGUCAGGAGUAGAAGAUGACAAUGAUAUAUGCAUUCGAGCUGUACUUCAUGGCUGGAGGGCAACUGAACAGAAAAUCCCUCUGGACUCUGCCUGGCAAUUACUCCGCGAAAUAGAUCAGAAAAUAUUCUGCCACGCUGGAAUGGUUGAAAGGGUUGCUGUACUUCGCGUUACGAGAGCCAUGUUCGUGCAAACAAUCAGCCCUCCUCUCCAGCCUCAACGAGAGAUCCCUUCCUUUAUGAAACCAAGUGCCCUUCAGGACAUUCUGGAACAUAAUAUACUGAUCGACUUUUUCUUCUGGCCCAACUUCCGAGACUUCCUCAUCCUCGCGGGUUGGAGUUAUGCAGAGGAAGAACACGCUAGAGAUUUUGCGACUCACCUACGCUUCCGCUGGGGCUACGAGUUCCGUGACAUCUACCGGAAAAACAAAUCAACUGGAAAUUACUCGUUUUCACAAGAAUUCAGCAAUACCUAUAAUGAUCUGCACAACUGGGAAAUGCAGUCCAGCAGCUCAUUGCCAUUUGAUGUGUCGGUGUUUUCAGCUUCUACAAGUUCAACGAAUUCUUCCAAAAUACCUUCUCACCCAGUUGCACUUGCGAGUGAGCGAGGGUACAUGACGAAUUGCGGUAUGCCUGACGGCACAAUUAACCCGGUGUUUUUGUGA